AGUAAAGGGAAGGAAAGCGUCACCUUUACACUGACGCGCUGAGCAGCAGAAAGAAUACUGGGAGCACUGGGAUUUUACAAAUUAAGAAAGAACGCUUGAAAGAAAGAUUUUCCCCAAGACUUGUUGAGAAAGUUUUGGCACCGCCUCCUCCCUGCUGUCCGUCCCUGCCUGGUGUCUUUGGUGCUGAGUGGAAAAUGGCUUUCCGUUCAGAGGAGGAUUUAUGCUGCCCUGCCUGUCAUGACAUUUUUAAAGAUCCCGUCCUCCUCUUGUGUAGCCACAGCUUCUGUAAAGCCUGUCUGCAGAGCUGGUGGAAAGAGAAGCAAAUCAAAGAGUGCCCGGUUUGUCGGACAGUGUGUGAGUGGAGUGACCCACCUUGUAACCGGGCACUGAAGAACCUCUGUGAGGGAUUUUUGCAGAGUCAGAGCGCUUCAUCAGGGUCUGACAGUCUCUGCAGUCUGCACUCUGAAAAGCUCAAACUCUUCUGUCUGGACCAUGAGCAGCCCGCGUGUAUCAUCUGUCGGGAUGCAAAAAUCCACGCUGACCAUCAGUUCAGACCCAUUGAUGAAGUUGCACAGGAACACAGAGAGGAGCUUCAGAUGUUCCUGAACCCCCUGCAGCACAAGCUGAAGCUUUUUAAUGAAGUUAAAGUGAACUUACAUCAAACAGCAGAGCACAUUAAAGUGCAGGCUCUGCAGAUAGAAAGGAGGCUUAAGGAGCAGUUUAAGAAGCUUCGCCAGUUCCUAGAGGAGGAAGAGGAGGUACGGAUGUUAGCUCUGAGGGAGGAAGAGGCGCAGAAGAGCCAAGUGAUGAAGGACAAGAUGGAGGCUCUGUGCAGGGAGAUGGCGGCUCUUUCAGACACAGUCAGAGCCACAGAGGAGCACCUCAGAGCUGGAGAUCCAUCCUUCCUGAGGACCUACAAGGCUGUGGUGGAAAGAGUCCAGCAGCACCCCCAGCUGGAUGAUCCACAGCUGGGCUCAGGAGCAUUGAUAGAUGUGGCCAAACACCUGGGCAACCUGACCUUCAACAUCUGGAAUAAGAUGAAAGGCAUGGUCUCCUACAGUCCUGUGAUUCUGGAUCCAAAUUCAGCCAAUCCAGAGCUCAUCCUGUCCGAAGAUCUGACUGGCGUGAGGCACGGAAAGAGAAGGCUCCUUCCAGAAAACCCCGAGAGGUUUGAAUUCUGGGAUUCUGUCCUGGGCUCGGAGGGCUUUAACUCGGGAACUCACAGCUGGGAUGUGGAGGUUGGAGACAACAAGGACUGGGAGGUUGGGGUGAUAGCAGAGUCUAUGUGCAGGAGAGAAUUUGUGGGCUCCACAGUGUGGAGCGUAGAGUGCAGCCACGCUGGAUACAGAGCGUACUCCCCGACCAACAAAUACAUCGCUCUCUCGGUCACAGAGAAGGUCAAGAAGGUCAGAGUUCAUCUGGACUGGGACGAAGGGAAGCUGUCUUUUUUGGAGCCUGAUACAAACACACACAUGCACACUUUCACACACACAUUCACUGAAAAACUGUGCCCCUAUCUUUGCACCAGGAACCCACAGCUUCUGAAAAUAGUGCCUGUAAAAGUGUGUGUGAGAAAACUGACAGAUCAGGAGGAGUGAAGGGCAUAUCACAUAAUCAAAGUAGCGCCCAACAGUCCAAAAUACAAAAACAAAGAUGCUGCUUCAUGUUCUGAGAUGUUAUUCUUUGUAUCGUGUUUGGUGGAUUUAAGAGUGAAAAAUAUUAUAUUUUAUCAAUAAUGGGGAGCUCAUCUUUGAAAGAGUGGACAAAUUGUCACACAGUGUAGCUUUUUCCAUUUUGAGACAGGACAUCACCCCCUCCACCCAGCACAGGUGUGACCGUGGCAUUGUUUUCCUUGAGCUAACGAGUUUCAAGCCUCUAACAAGUAACGUGGAGACUGCCGUGGCCUCAGUCUGGUUGAUCGAUACCGCUCUCUCAUGUGGGACUGCACCACGGGACACAGCAGAGGAUAUUGAAUGUUUCCAACCAGAACUGGGUCAGUUUGGGUUACAGCUGUCACAUGAAACACACAACAGAGGAACUAUUUGUGUUGCACAACAAAUUAUUUUGACUUUAAAUGUAAUUUUGUCAAAUGUGGUACCUUAAAUGAACACUUAGAAAAUAUUUAUAAGGCCUAUAUAAAUCAUAGCAGGGAUCUGUUUACAAAAAGCAACAAUGAACACAGCUGGUUGUUCAAUGCUGGUUUGUGUAUUAUUAUAUGAACAGGUAAGCAAGGUGCACUAAUGAAUUUGAGUAUUUUUGCAUUAAUUCUGUUGCUUUUUAUUUAAAAGCUGAUGAAGAGCCUGGUGAACAGUGGAAGAUUGCUUUUUCAAUA